AUGACACGUAAUGAACAAAACCUUCUAUUUUUGACUCUUGUUCUUAUUUGUAGUCUAUUAAGAUGUCACUGUAAGCCUCUUACCUACGAAGGUAAAUUGCCUGAAAAAAUAUCCCAGAUUUUAAAUUACGCUGAUAUUGCCCAGAAAAUCAUAAUACUUGCCCUGUAUGAGAAGGCCCAGAACCGCUCAUACGAAAGAUUUGCGGCCUUCACCGAUACAGUUGGUAACAGAGUAAGCGGUUCCAAGAAUCUGGAUCUGGCUAUCAAAUAUAUAUAUAAUGCCUCGAAGCUGGACGGACUGGAGAAUGUAUAUCUAGAACUGGUAAAGAUACCUCAGUGGGUAAGAGGAGAGGAGAGUGCAGUGAUGGUUCUUCCAUGCAACCACAGCUUGUCCAUUCUUGGAUUGGGGAGUAGUGUUGGAACUCCUAAAAAAGGUAUUGAAGCUGAGCUCUCGGUGGUGGAGUCUUUUGAAGAGUUGAAGAGAAGAGCGAAUGAGGCUAAGGGGAGGAUUGUGGUAUAUAAUCAGCCCUUUGUUAGCUAUGAAGAGACAGUGGCAUACCGCACUACAGGAGCUUCUAAGGCUGCUAAAGUUGGAGCAGUGGCUUCACUCGUUUGAGCUGUCACUCCAUUUCCCAUUAGCAGCCCUCACACUAGCAGGCAGUGGUACCAGCUUGGUGUGCCUCAGAUCCCCACAGCAUCUGUCACUGUGGAGGAUGCAUAGAUCAUGGCCAGGAUGGCACACAGAGGAACCAGGAAUGUGGUGCAGCUGACCAUGGGGGCACAGAACCUGGCUGAUGUAGACUCCUUCAACACUGUCGCAGAGAUCACAGGCACUGAGCACCCAAAGCAGGUUGUUUUGCUGAGUGGCCAUCUAGACAGCUGGGAUGUCGGACAGGGGGCUAUGGAUGAUGGUGGUGGUGUUGCUAUUUCAUGGGAAGCCAUGUCUCUGAUCAAAGGCCUGGGGCUGCGCCCAAAGAGCACUCUUAGGACAGUGCUGUGGUCUGCGGAAGAAACAGGGGGCAUGGGAGCAGCGCAAUACUACCAGCAGCACAAAGCAAACAUUUCCAACUUUGACCUGGUAAUGGAGUCAGAUUUGUGCACAUUUGCCCCCGUGGGUCUUCAGUUCAUUGGCAAUGACAAAGUUAGUGCUGUCAUGAGGGAUGUAAUGAAACUGCUGACACCUAUUAAUGUCACUUCCCUGGAGGAACAUGGGGAAGGAACUGACAUCAACAUGUGGAUGGAGGCUAGAGUACCAGCUGCAAGCCUCCACACAGCAGACAGCAAGUACUUCUGGUUCCACCACAGUCAGGGUGACACAGUGACGGUGCAGAACCCACAUAUGAACCUGAGCUCAGCCGUAUGGGAUGCGGUGAACUAUGUUGUGGUUGAUCUUGAUGAAAUGCUCCCCAGAUAGCACACUGUUUACACAUCAUGGCAUUUAGCACUUUCACCUCUCCAACACAACAGAGACUUCAUUCUACUUAUUUUAGUUUGUUUAGGCUCAUAUAUUGUGAAUCUACAGAAUAUUUUCACAAAUAUCAGGCAUUUAUCAC